GGGUAAAAGUGGGAGACUCGCGGACAUUUUCCCAAAUGCGACAUUGACCUUGUAGUUGAUCAUCAUGCGGAGUGUGACACCCUCACCCCUCCCCAGAGGGGAUCGUAUCGCGCACCUGCGAGAGAUAUGAUAGCACCCCCACCCCACCCUAGAGGGGAUCGUACCGCGCACCUGCUAGUAGACCAAUAAGGAAAGUGUGAUAUGAUGGCAUCCCCACCCCACCCUAGAGGGGAUCGUAUCGCGCACCUGCUAGUAGACCAUUAAAGAAAGUGUGAUAUGAUGGCAUCGAUCACUGUAACAUGAGUGUCACAUGACGCCUAUCGGUACAGCGACGGAACAAUAUAAUUCGCGCGGUUCAUUUUGUGAACACAGCUGUGGACAUACAGCCAUCACAACACUUGGGCGCAGUCAGUUCGAUCAACGCUUCUGUGAGGCCACAAUCGCCGGAGGUUGGAUGUACUUGGAUGUACUGGAGCUUGAAUUGUGAUGACGAGGAAAAGAGAUUUUCGACAGGUUUAGCGGAAGACGAUUAAUUAGAGCGGUGUGCUGCAAGAUCUCCAAACUUCAAGGCGGCUGUGAAUGAUUUGUGAAAUCAUCGGCUUCACCCAUACGCACAUAAAGCAUAUGCUUCACAAGUUGUAAUUGGGAUUUUUCAGGCUAUAUUGGAAAUAUAUUGAAGAAAUCCUAUACAGAAAACUUGGGCACCGAAUAAAUCAUUUCUACCUUACAGAUAUCUUACAUGGCUAAAAAAAGCAUUAAUUUAAAUGAUCAUGUAAUACAAGAACGUAUCGUUGAUAUUGUAGAGUUAUCAAAGAAGAAUUGCUCGACAUCUUACUUAAUUCACUGAAGACUGGAAAAGCAAAUAUAGUUCUAACAGACGUCAACUUUGUCUCGGCGCUAUUCAUUUCCCGCUUGUAUGUUACCCAAAUAAACAUUUUCAAUCAAGUCCAAGUUGUGAUGUACUGCGGGGCCUUGAAGAACUGGAGUGCUUUAUAUGAAAAUGCAGGCGAAAUCUUAUUAUGAAUUAUCACCUUGUCUGCUACUACCAGAUGUACCAAAACACUUAUAAAACUUGUGAUCCAAGUGCGACUUAAACUAAAACCUCUAUACCCAUGUCCUCGACCAACUCCUGCCUUAACUUCAACUAUUCCAUCGAGGAUCGCGACGUGACUUACGUGUCUGUGGUGAACGUGUUGACUGUAGUUUUAAACAUCGUGCUAUCAGUCACCGCGACUCUCGAAAACCUCCUCGUGAUCGGCUCCAUCUGGAAUACCCGCGUGCUGCACACGCCCUCGAACGUGUUUAUCUGCUGCUUGGCCUGCACCGACUUGCUGACAGGGCUCUUUGUGCAGCCUAGCUUGGUCGUCUAUAAGAUCGCCGAGAUUCUGGGGAACUCCAGGGUCUCGUGUCUCUGGUUUAUCAUAAGUUUUCUCGCGGGGAACGUUGUUUCGGUGGUGACUUUGCUUACUCUAACCGGGAUAGCCAUCGAUAGAUUCCUUGCUGUUUAUCUACAUUUAAAAUACCAAGACGUCAUCUCGGUGUAUUGUGUUUUGAAGGUCUUCGCGCUGUUUUGGGUCAUCGCACUCGCGCCUGUAGCCGUCCGCAUGCUUUCCACUGCCAAAGCCUACUCCGUCAUCGUGCUAUUCCUCUUGGUGUCCUGCUUCCUGCUUUGCUUUUUGUCCUAUUUUCGCAUUCUCAAGGUGACUCGCCGCCACCAGAGACAGAUACGAAACUUAUCACACGCCGCGGCUGCAGCUAGUAAUAGCGCCAGGGACAGUUUCCAUGGUAACCAUGGUAAUCAUGGCAACUCUUAUGAUAGCCAGGAGAAUGCGAACGCCACCAAAGUCCGUCGCACGUCAAUCACGAUGCUUUUGAUCGCCGGGACUUUCUAUAUCUCUUACUUGCCGCUCCUCGGGUUCAUGGUGGCGAUAUCUAUAUACAGUUACACGAGUCCUAUCAAGGCAUGGGCCAAUAUCGCCAAGACUAUCGUGUUCGCGGGAUCAUCUGUAAACCCCGUGCUCUACUGCCUACGGAUCAAAGAGAUCCGAAGAGCGGUGCUAGCGUCAAUGUGUAAAAUUUUGCGAAGACCAGUUAACCCCAUUAUCUUAUCUCCCGCCACUAACCGAAGACAGGUAUCGCUGGCGCAGGUCUCGAAUACCUUUCGUACAAACUCCGGGGCAAUAAUCGAUAUCGAUGCUUAGACUUUGGCUCUUCUAUCUCUGUCGAUGUUCUGUAUACCUUUAGCACAAACUCCUGGGCAAUAAUGGAUAUCGAUGCUUAGACUUUGGCUCUUCUCUGUCGAUGUUCUCUGUAGACAAGAAUAAUCCUCAAAAUCCGUCCGAUAUGAUACUGGUGGUGCUUAUCUUAAAAGAUAAUAUAAGUGGUUGAUUUCACGAACACGCUUUCCUCACAGGUGACAGCGACAACAAUUGUUAUUAUAAUGAUAAUGAUGAAGUUUUUGCCAAAUAGAUUUAUUCAUAUUCAAUUCUCCAAUAAUACAUAUAAAAACAACAAGCCAAACACA